AUGGAGAGCUACGGAGAUCUGAUCAACAACAAUAAAGUUAUCUUGGAUGAUGGAAACUAUGGAUUUUGGAAGUCAAGGAUCAAAUCCAUAAUAGGAGGUAUUGAUCGUCUUGCUUGGAAAACUGUUCUGGAAAAGUGGGAGGAGCCUACGAUCAAGGAUGAAUCAGGCAAGCGAAUACCCAAACCUGAGUCAGAAUGGACUGAUGAAGAACAAAGGAAAUCGAAGUAUAACUCAAGAGCAUUAACCGCUAUUCAUUGCAGUGUUGGGAGAAAACAGUUCGAUUUGAUUCAGGGUUGCAAAACAGCAAAAGAAGCAUGGGUCAUCCUUCAGAUCCAUUAUGAAGGCACCACCAAAGUGCAGAGCUCAAGAAAAGAUAUGUUAGCAUCGAGAUUUGAGAAUCUAAGGAUGGAGGAUCAUGAAUCAAUUUUGGAUUUCAGUUAUAAGCUGAGUGCUCUAGCACAAGAGGCCUUAACCUUAGGUAAAACCUAUAAAGAUCAGAAGUUAGUCAAAAAAUUUCUAAGAUGCCUUCCGUCAAGGUUCAUGGGGUAUAAGACAGCCUUAACUGUAUCACAUGACUUAGACAGCCUUACCUAUGGUGAAGUGGUUGGAAUGCUACAAGCACAUGAGAUGGAGCUGAAUGGAAUUAAGAAACCAAAAGGGAUAGCUUUAGCAGUAAGCAAAGAUACAACUGAUCAAGGAGAGGAGGAUGCUGUAGGUCUGCUGGUACGAAGGUUUGAUCGAGCUCUGAGAAGGAUAGAACAAGGUCAAGGCCAAAAGAAGACUGGUUCAUUCAAAAAGACAAGUGAAGACAGAAAGGCUGAUAUGCAGUGCCAUGAAUGUAAAGGAUAUGGACAUUUUAUUCGAGAAUGUCCAACGAGCAAGCUACGAGAGGCCAAGUGCACAACCUGCAAAGGUACUGGACAUACACAUGAUAUGUGUAUAAGUAAUUCUAAAUCUAAGAAAGAAAAAUCUAUGAUUAGUAUUGAAGAUGAUUCAGAUGAUGAUAGCAGCAACGAAGAAGUGCUCAUAAAUUUAGUGGCAAUGGUGGGAAUCACUGAAUUUGAGAACGGGGAGGAAGUGACUGAUUCAGAAUCAGAAGGAGAGGAGAUUCUUGAUAUUGUUCCGAGUUACAAAGAAAAUGAAUUGGAAGAUGAGAAAAAGAUUGCUAAAGAUUCGCUGGAUUUGAUGAGAAAAAAGUUGGUUUUAUCUGCAAAAGCAGACAAAUUUGAAGAGGAGCUGUGUAAAGAGAAAGAAAAAACCACAGAAUUGCAAUCGCAGUUGGAUCAGCAAUAUAGGAAGAUUCAUAUGUUUGCAGGCACAAAGCAACUUGAUAAAAUCUUGAGCUAUGGGAGAACUGAGAAGACUCAUAAAGACUGGGAUAUAAAGAUAACAGAGGAGCAAAACCACAGAGGGGAUGAGAUCGAGGAAUUAAAAGUGGCUUCUGGAUCAGGAUUCAGAUGUAGUAUGGCCAUGAUUACUGAGGAACAAGAUGACUCAGAGCCUUGGUUCUUUGAUAGUGGGUGCUCAAGGCAUAUGAUUGGAACCAAGAGUAAUCUACAAAAUAUCAAGAAACUGAAAGGAGGUACAAUAACUUUUGGAGAUGGGAGUCAUGGUUUUAUACAAGGCAAGGGGCUGAGAGCUAAUUUGAUAAGUAUUAGUCAACUUUGUGACGAAGGAUUGUCGGUGCUGUUCACAAAAGUUGAUUGCAAAGCUUUGGAUGAAGCAGGAAAUGUCAAGUUAUAUGGUCGACUUGGACAUAUGAAUACAAUGAAUCUUACUACUCUUGUGAAUAAAGAGAUAGUGCGAGGGGUACCAAAGCUAAAAGGGGAAGACAAUAUGGUUGAAAGUCUAGCGGGAAAGAAAUAUGUGUUUGUGUUGGUUGAUGAUUAUUCCAGGUAUACUUGGGUUCGAUUUAUUCGAGAGAAGUCUGAUACUGUAGACAGUUUCAAAAUCUUGGCCUUACAACUACUUAAUGAAAGAGGAGGAAUAAAACAGAUAAGGAGUGAUUAUGGUGGAGAAUUUCAAAAUGAGGCUAUGAAGGAUUUCUGUGAUCAACAUGGGAUCGCACAUCAGUAUUCAGCACCAAGAACUCCACAACAAAACGAAGUUGUAGAGAUGAAGAAUAGAACUCUUCAGGAAAUGGCAAGGGCAAUGAUUCAUGAAAAUCAGGUUCCUAAGAAGUUCUGGGCUGAAGCUUUAAAUACCGCAUGUUACAUAAUUAACAGGGUAUAUGUGCGAAUAAAUACGACUAAGACACCUUAUGAGCUGUGGAAAGGCAAAACACCGAACCUGAGCUACUUUCAUGUUUUUGGCUGCAAAUGUUAUAUCUUAAAUGACAAGGAUUAUCUUGGGAAAUUCGAUUCCAGAAGUGAUGAUGGCAUGUUUCUUGGAUAUGCAGAGAGUAGUACAUCAUUCAGGGUGUAUGACAAACGUACUGGUGUUAUUAUGGAGUCAGUGAAUGUAGUGUUUGAUGAUAGGUCAGGUUCAGUGGGAAACGAUGAUGAUUCGGACAGUGAUACAGAACCAGAAAUUGCUACUAAAACACGAAAUGAUGAGUCUGAAGUAGAAGCUUCUGUUUCAAAGUCAGAAGGGUUACAACUUGUUCAUAAAAAUCACUCAGCAUCUGAUGUCAUUGGAGAUCUGAAUGAGAAGAUGAAGACUAGAGGAGUUAAAAUAGAUUUCCAAAAGAUGACAAGUUACUUUACAACUUUAGAGACGGUUUUCUAUGAGUGUUUUCUGUCAAUGAUUGAACCAAAGAACCAUGUAAAAGCUAUUGAAGAUGAUUUUUGGAUUAUUGCCAUGGAAGAAGAACUUGAACAGUUUGAGCGGAAUGAUGUUUGGGAGCUGGUUCGGAGACCAAUAGAUGUAAAUAUCAUUGGUACCAAAUGGAUUUUUAAGAAUAAAAUCGAUGAAAGUGGUGUUGUGGUUCACAAUAAGGCUAGAUUGGUAGCACAAGGAUAUAGACGGAUUGAAGGAGUGGACUUCGAAGAAACCUUUGCACCAGUAGCAAGACUUGAGUCAAUUAGACUGUUUAUAGGGAUGGCUUGUAUUCUAAACUUUAAAGUUUUCCAGAUGGAUGUCAAGAGUGCUUUCUUGAAUGGGAUCUUACAGGAGGAAGUGUAUGUUGAACAACGCAAGGGGUUUGAGGAUCCAGUUAAGCCAGAUUAUGUCUAUAAAUUAAAGAAAACUCUUUAUGAGUUAAAACAAGCUCCAAGGGCUUGUACAUCUAAGAAGCUGGUGGAUGGUUUUGUGAGUAAUAUGACACAAGAGUUUGAAAUGAGUAUGGUUGGCGAACUCAAAUACUUUCUUGGAUUGAAGAUUAUACAGUCUGAUCAAGGGAUUUUUUAUUUCACAAAGUACUUAUGCAAGACAACUUCUUAA